CCUCUGCGCCUCUGAUAAGAACGCCAGCGGCGCCAGCGCCACCAUCACCGGCGCCGCCGCGAGCCCCGCGAUCAGCUGGCCCGCGGCGGCCGGCCCCAGCGGCUCGCCCCCGGCGGCGGGACGCCCCGCGGCGGACCGCUGCGGCGGUGACGUCACCUGGAAGGCGGGCGGCCGCGGGGCGUCGAACGAGCUGUAA